AUGUCGUGUAUACUAGACCCGUAUGAAGAGUGUUCAGCGCCGAGAACAGUGUUGAUUGAAGGAGAACCUGGUAUGGGAAAAACCACCUACUGUAAAAAGUACGCCUACGACUGGGCCACAAAACAGCAAGAGCCUCAGGGCUGCAGCGCAACAGUAUUCAAAGCAGUAUUGUUGCUGAAAUGUCGAGACAUCUAUUCUGAUGUUUGGGAAGCCAUUGAUGAUCAACUUCUUCCCCGAGACAUCGAUGAAGAAGUCAAACAACUAUUCUUUCACUUUAUUCGUGAAAAUCAAUCCAGCAUUUUAUUGAUAUUGGAUGGAUUGGAUGAGUUACCAUCCGGCAAAUUGUCGAUGUUUUCCGAAUUAAUUGAGGGAAGAGUACUCCCCAGAUGCCACAUAGUUGCAACAGCAAGACACGAAACAGGAAAAGAGGUGAGAAAAUGCUGCGACACGCUGCUUGAGAUCGAAGGGUUCACUGAAAACCAUGUGAAAGGAUUUAUCACCAUGACUUUAAAGAAAGGCCGGAUUUAGCCGCCAAGCUCUCGGAACGAAUGUCCCGAGAUAAAAACCUGACAGAAAUGGCAGCCAAUCCCCUAAACACAGCACUUCUUUGCCUUUUGUGUGAAGAGUUUGAGGGCACACUCCCCGAAAACAGAGCUCAACUUUACUUGGAUAUGAUUGAAUGUGUCUUGAGAAGAUACAGGAAAAAGAAGGGACUAUCAGAAAAAGGAGAGGACCUGACUAACCUUUACAAACCGCAAUUGAAUCACCUUGGGUCAGUGGCCUUGAAUGGUUUUCUUAACGGCAAAUUAGAUUUUAAUGAAAGUGAAUUGGCAAACCAUACAAAAGAGUUAACUGAGUUUGGAUUUCUGUCAGUACAGCCUGGUGGCAGCAAAUUGAGACAAAAACUGCAUAAUGCUUUCUUACAUAAAAGUUUUCAAGAAUGCUUUGCAGCAUUCUUCAUUUGUUCUCAGAUUCAAAGUAAGGAAAUUACACUUGAAAAACUAGUUUCCGAUCCAAGGUAUUUCGUUAAACUUAAAGAAGUACUUUUGUUUUCAUGUGAAAUUUUAGCCAUGAAAUGCGAUGAAGGAGUUGUGGCUCUUGUAAAGAGUUUAACAAAUGAAGUCAACAAAAAUGCAGGCAGUGGUACAAAAGUUGUAUUGGAGGCCAUUAACGAAUGUAAAAGAGAAAAAAGUGAUUUUCACUCACAGUUAGCAAAGUCGUUUGGAACUGGUUUGAAACUCACCAAUUUGAAUUUGUCUGGCAUUGGUUUUAGUGACGCCGGUGCUACAUCUAUUGCUGAGGCAAUCGAAGUCAACAAGACGCUCACCAAUUUGAAGUUGUCUCGCAAUGGUAUUAGUGAUGCCGGUGCUACAUCUAUUGCUGAGGCGAUCAAAGUCAACAAGACGCUAACCAAUUUGAAUUUGUCUUUCAAUUGUAUUUGUGAUGCCGGUGCUACAUCUAUUGCUGAGGCAAUCAAAGUCAAUAAAGACGCUAACCAAUUUGAAUUUGUCUUCCACUCGUAUAAGUGAUGCCGGUGCUACAUCUAUUGCUGAGGCAAUCAAAGUCAACAAGACUCUAACCAAUUUGAAUUUGUCCGACAAUGGAAUUAGUGAUGCCGGUGCUACGUCUAUUGCUGACGCAAUCAAAGUCAACAAGUCUCUGACCAAUUUGAAAUUUUCUUUGAAUCGUAUUCGUGAUGCAGGUGCUACGUCUAUUGCCGAGGCAAUUAAAGUCAACGAGACGCUAACCAACUUGAAUUUGUCUUACACUCGUAUUGGUGAUGCUGGUGCUGCAUCCAUCGCUGAGGCAAUUAAAGUCAACAAUACUCUAACCAAUUUGAAUUUGUCUGACAAUGGUAUUAGUGAUACCGGUGCUAGAUCUUUUGCUGACGCAAUCAAAGUCAACAAGAUGCUAGCCAAUUUGAAUUUGUCUGUCAACCAUAUUAGUGAUGACGGUGCUACAUCUAUUGUUGGUGCAAUCAAAGUCAGCAAGACGCUAACAAAUUUGAAUUUGUCCAGCAAUUAUAUAAGUGAUGCCGGUGCCAGAUUUAUUGGUGAGGCAAUCAAAGCCAAGGAGACUGACCAAUUUGUAUUACGAUGGUAUUAGUGUCCACGGUGCGAAUUUAUUGCUGAGGCAUUCAAGGUCAGCAAGACUGUGACCAAUUUGUAUUCGCCACUCAAUGAUAUUAAUGUUGAGUUUGCUAGAUUUAUUGCUGAGGCGAACGAAGACGACAAGAAUGUCUGAGAAUGUGAUUGGUGAUGACGGCAUUAUAUUAAGUUUUUGAAGCAUUUGAGGUCAACAAAACCAGCGGUGUUCUUUUCUGGCGAUUCCAUUGCUUCAUCUUUAUUUUGCUGAAGUGAUUAAUGUUAAAAAAAAACUGCGGGUGACUCGAACCGGCUUCUGAAGCAAUUAAUAGAAGUGAUUGUACUUUUCCUUUUAAGUAACUUUUAGUAACUCUUCCCUUUAGUGAACGCAUGGAAAAACUGUGAGGAGCUUUUAUUUUCAGUUGUCCUUAGUUGCACUUUGAUAAUAUUAAAAUCCAGUCUUAAUAGCUACCUUUGUGAUGUUUUCUUUAUUCAAGCUGAUACUUAUGCUCCUGAGGUAUAUACAUUGGAAAAAAAGGAGAAGUGUAAUACGCCAUUGUUUUUAGAGUUUUGUAUUUAAAAGAUUAUCAUAGAUAUUUAUCAUUCACGAACAGCAACAUUUUUUCCAUUCUUUCCAAGUUUCGAGUGCCUUUCUUUCACUAUAAACCAAAACAUUAAAAAUUUAUAGGCACUGAUUUUUAUUUCUGUUGCGAUCUGCAGAGCCAUUCCAUGAAAUUUGUCCAAUGAAAAAUUUCUAAUGGGGAG